CUGAGUGAAGAGAGAGCAGAGCGUUGAUACAGGGACUUCCCUGCGCCUCCAUCAUCUGUAGGGAGGGAAAAUCACUCACACACAUAGGCUGCCUCCCACAUACACACACACACACACACAGACACACAUACACACUUUGCUGAGAGCUAGCAAGGGGCUUUAAACAGCUUCACACGAAACAAAGACAAAGGGACUGUAACCUGCUACAAUGGAGGAAAACAUGGAUGAAUCGCAAAGCCAGAAAGGCUGUAAGGAGUGCUGUGAGCGAUGCGUGGGCAGUCUGCCCUGGGCUUCUCUCAUCGCUACCAUUCUCCUCUACAUGGGUGUGGCUUUGUUCUGUGGGUGUGGCCAUGAGGCUUUGAGCGGAACUGUCAGCAUCCUCCAGAACUACUUCGAGGUCAUCAGAGCCCCAGGAGAAACACUGGAUGUGUUUACCAUUAUUGACAUCCUGAAGUAUAUCAUCUAUGGCCUUGCAGCUGGAUUCUUUGUGUUUGGAGUCCUGUUGCUGGUGGAGGGUUUUUUUACCACUGGAGCUAUCAGGGAUCUCUAUGGAGAGUUCAAGAUCACUGCCUGCGGACGCUGCCUGACUGCAUUCCUCAUGUUCCUGGCCUACCUGUUCUUCCUGGUGUGGCUGGGAGUGACAGCGUUCACCAGCCUGCCGGUCUUCAUGUACUUUAACGUUUGGUCCAUGUGUCAGAACACCAGCCUGGUGGAGGGAGCCAACCUCUGCCUGGACCUGCGUCAGUUCGGAGCAGUGACCAUCUCUGAGGAGAGGAAGGUGUGUGCAGGAUCUGAGAAGUUUUUCAAGAUGUGUGAAUCCAAUGAGCUGGACUUGACCUUCCAUCUGUUUGUGUGCGCACUGGCAGGAGCAGGAGCCGCUGUCAUUGCCAUGGUCCACUUCCUGAUGGCUCUAGCUGCUAACUGGGGCUACCUGAAGGACGCCAGCCGGAUGCAGAAGUACGAGGACAUCAAGUCAAAGGAGGAACAGGAGCUGCAUGACAUCCACUCUACACGCUCCAAAGAACGCCUUAAUGCCUACACAUAAACACACAAACACACACACAUACACACACACACACACACACACACACACACACACACCUGUCAGAGACACACAACAAUAAUGUGUGCACACACACCCUCUCACACAAAGACAAAGAGGGAAUGAUAUGAGCCUAAAUUAAGGGGAAAUAUACUUAUACAUAAGUGGGAAAACAAAGUUCGGCCAGACACGAGUAGGCAGAAAUUAGCUGGGAAAAAAAGAUGAUAAACAAACACUAUCAUCAUCCCCAUGUCAGCAGUAGAUCAUUGGCUCAGGCACUUUUUACAAAGACUUUCAUCAAGUGAGUUUUUUCCCACACAUAUUUUUAACCCUGACUUCAGCCUUAAAGUGACAGGAAGCUUUUAUUGAUCCCAAAAAUAACAAGCAAAGAGCACAUCACCAAGUGCUGGAAAGUGCGCACAAAUAAAACUCAUUGAUUUAGGAUAUUUCCCCCCAAAAAUCUGUCUGUAUCAGCUUUAAGAUUUCUAAAUGUUAAGGCUUAAAUUUAGGAGGGCGGACUUGGGCUCCUGAGAAUUCCAUCCCCUUUAUCCUCAGCACCCAGAACUACAGUUGGUUAUUGGCUAAUGAGUGAAUGUGCAACCUAAAAAUCAGAAGUAAGCAAAAAUAACCAUGUAAACAUUGUUGCAAAAUAUGUGUUUAUAUUGCAGUACAUGUAUAAAUCAGCUUGAGAAGAACAAAAGUCGAUAUUACUGAAAGAAAAAAAGAAAAAAUGAGGAGGAGGAGAACCCAAAGAAAUGUUACACUUUGAAUGUGGUCCCUGAUGCAUCUGAUAAAAUUAGUCUGUUUGGGCCAGCAGUUUUUGUUUCCCUCUUUGCUUGUGUCAGUGCUUUCAGCUCAGCACGCAAAGCUGUUAACAUUACACACAAAGGCCAAUCUAUUUUAUAAUCUCAACUGCAAUCUACAGCAGACAUGUGGAUGAGUCUGAUGUCUGUGAGCUCAUCAUUUGAUAUGGGGGCUGCUCCCCCCAGCAGUCUCAAUACCUGCAGUACACACAGUACACAUGAUUCAUCCGCACAUUCUCCCUCUCUCUCUCACACACACACAUACAAACACACACACACACACAGACACGCACACACACUCAUAGAUGUGGCUGAAUGGUCGGUGUUGUGCAGGUAGUGUUGUAUGGUGGUGUCAUGCUGUGUCGUGUCGUUUCACCACUUUAUAAUGACUAGGUAUUGCAGAGAAAGAUGCAGGUCCCAGAGGUAACUUGUACACCCGGGUACAGAUGGGUAGCUUUGCUAACUUUUCCUUUCCCUCCCUCUCCCCACCCCCUCCAUUUUUAUCCGACCUUACCUCUCCUCUUUCUCCCGUUUAUCACGUCUUCAUCUUGUGCCCACUUUCAUUAGUUGUUCCACAUACACUGUGUAGACAGCAUGUCACACACGUAGUUGAUUAAUUAAAAGAAAUGUGUUUAAGCAGACUUUAUUGUCAAUUAUAAUAGUAAUUAAACUAUUUAUUGACUAAUAAAGUACAGAUAAAUUGAUGUCAUUAAUAAAUCCAAAUUCUCUUCAAGUUGCUUUAGGCUUCUGUGAUCAAAGUAAAAGUUCCAGGAUUUCAAAGAGGCCAUUUAGUAUGGAAAUGGGGCUUUGUGUCCUCCCCCACCAUCCCCUAUUUGUAAAAACGUGUUAAUGUCUUUAGAAAACAGCACAUCUUUACAGCACAAAGUCUUUUAAAUGUGCCCUCUUCUCAUCAGUCUGUUGAAUGUCUUUUUUUUUCUCACUUUUUGGGUUUUGCUACAUUAUUGUGUGAUUUGAGCAUUGGGGGAGGUAUUUAAAUCUGUCACGUUUUUUGGGGAUUGGGUUUAUAUCACUUCAUCACAUUUCCAUGUGAUGAUUCUGUAUGUCAGUGGUUCUGCACAAACAAAUACACACAAACACACGUGUAUACACCAGUCAUCAUGCAAGCUUCAACGUUUUUUGGUGUUUUAUUUCAUGUUCUUUCUAUCACUAAGCCCUAAUGUGACCAAAUUGUUUUUGUCAGUUGACAUUUUCAAACAUCAAUAAUAACUAACACUGGUGGACUGGGUUACUGUGAAUUAGGUGAUGUCUUGGUUAUGGCUAAUGGACUUUGAUAUUUUCAGGAGUAGCUGUUUCUACUAUCAUGUGAAGGGUUCAGCUACAGGUGUUUGGAGUGGAUGGGUGUGAUGGUUAUACACGUAAUACUGUAUACUGUAUUACUUCUGGAUCAGCAAACCUACGUUUGGUCUAGCUAUUUUCACUAAUCUGCACAGAUUGGUAGAAUGGAUCUUAAAACAGAGUUUAUUGUAACUGAGCUUUUGAUUUUUGAAUCCAGUUCUCAACUUAAUAAGUUCGUAAAGUUGAAUCAUUAAGUUUUCAAGUUUUUUUUAGGGACCAAUUAGACUUGUUGUAUAACCUUUAUUUAUGAUACCAAAAAUGUAUUUUUUUGUCUGCAAGGAAAGUGAGAAAAUUGCUAAUUGAACUUCCAGGGAUGUUACAUUUGUAUUCUAUGUUUAGUUGUGUUGAACCAGCCAUCAGAACAACUGUAUGUGAUGUCCUGGUUGUAGCUGUAAAGGAAAGAGGUGAAUCUCUAUCUGCCAGUAGAGACGACUGAGAGAAGAUUCAUUUUGUCUGCAGAAUGAUUCCUUGGUGGAUGAUGAAGAUGGUGAUGAUGGUGGUAGUGGUGAUGAUUAGUUUAAUUUGAUGAAACUACCAGCACACACACACACACACACACACACACACACACACACACAAAAAUAUACACACUCCACCACCACAACAUCAGUCUGAGCCAUAAUUCUUUGCUCUUACUUUUCACCAAUAUCAUUUCACUAUUGUAUUAUCAACUUUUAAUCAAUUAAACUUUUAAAAUGUGAAACCAUUUAAUUGCGGAGGGAAAAGAAAUGUGUUCAUUUUCUUUUUGUGUGCAGUAUUUAGCACUGUACCUACAUUAGCUCUGUAUAAAGAUAUACAUAUAUGUGAUACAGUUGAAGUGAGUGGCCAGGAGAAUGAUCUCCUUCUGGUCACAGAGUCUGGAGGAGGUGGUUCAGUCUCAAUGUCCUGAGCUUCUACUUCUUAUGAAAGCUGCAUUUACACGAAUGUGAAUGAUGUGAGCUUUCUCUGCAACACAGCAUGUGCGAGUAACUAUUUCCACGGAAGAAAGAUUGUAUUAACGGAAGUAAAACAUUAAAAUAUCUAACGCUAAUAGUGUGUAUUGACAAAAAUGUAAAUGUUAAUAUACGAGUAAAAUGAACCAUAACAAAACAUCAGUAUAGUCCUUAAAGAGGCAGAAAUGUGUGCUUAUUUCGUAGUACUGACCAAUUGCAUAAUGAGCAGUAUCAUAUAAAGCAUAUGAUGAAAUAUGAUGGUUGUCUGUUCAAUACUGAAAAACCUGUAAGUUUUCUGAGAGACAGCCAGUCAAAAAAACAUGCAGUAGCUAUUUAUUCCAGGAUUAUAACUGGUGCAAAGGAGUUCAAACAUGUCAUUGUGUUGUGUAAAUGCAGCUGAAUUUGACACAAAAAAUAAAAGUAAAAGGUGUGUACCAUCAAUAGGGAGACUCCUCCAGACUCGCGGCCUGUUCAGGGGGGUCUUGGCUGCGUACAGUCAGUAUUUUUAAGGGUCUAGUUUUACAGUCACAGUUUUUGUGUCAUUUCAUUGCCUGACAAUUGAUGUCAUGUCAGUGUUUUUAACCUAAGAUAAAAGAAAAGAAAUGUUUUUUGUUUACUGAUCAUUGUGAGCUCUCUCUUAUUCUUGGUGUGUAAGUGCAUUGAGAUCCCCACUGUGGGACCUGUGUAUAGUCUUGCAGCAUUGGUUAUAACCUGAAGAAAUAACAAUGAUGAAAAUGAAUGAAUUCAUAAUAAUGAAGAUAAUCUUAUACUAGGUUAAAGGUUACAUAAGUGAAUCUAGUUGUUGUUUGUGGCAUGGUUAUGCAUUCAAUGGUCAUAAUUUUAAUGAUUAAAAUAAAACAAAACAAAAAAUAAUCAUUCUUUCCCACUCGCACUGUUCUGCAGAUUUUGUUUUGUUACCCACUUUUCCGUGUGCAGUGUGCUUCCUCUUGCAAAUGGUGUUACAAAGCUAGCUUGCUUGCUCAGUUGUUUUCCACCAGAGCAAUAUAUUGUAGCACUGACAAAAUUAAGACGUAAACGAAAUUCUCUGAUAUGAUCAUGAUGUUCUUUAUUGUUUAUAUUAAUAAAGCAGAUUUGCAGAUGUGGUGUAAUGUAUUGCUCUGGCCACCCAUAAUGCUGCACCCAACUCUGCUCACAUCGUCAUCCUCUCUCUGGGCAUUUAGGCUACGGUCACACCACAACUGAUUCAUGUCCACUUCAGAUUUUUGUGACCCUAUUUGACUCAUGUCUGAUUUCCUGUGCUGACGUAUGUGUAAAAAAGAGUCAAUGAUGCUUAAGUAACAGCUUUGUGUGACAAGAAACAAAUGCAGUCAGCACUUCUCACACAGCCAGAACACCAUAUAUAAUUUACCCUAAUGAGGCAAAAAAAUAAUCAUUCAAGAUACCUCCAAAGCAAUCUCACUGCCUCACAAUCAAAUCUGAAAGCAAAAAAAUGAGGUGUGAGUUUAGGCUGCAAUGACCGCUACCAUCUGCAAGGAAACUUAUGCUUGCAGAGAUAAGAAACUGGCAAAAAAUAGAAUAUAUUUACUUUGAGCAAAAAGUCUUGUAAGUUUGAGCAGAACACAGUCAUCUUUAGCAGGUGGUGUCAAUGUGGCCUAAAUGAUUCAAAAUCACCAACAGCAAAGAGAAAAUACUGCUGCUUUUUGGAUCCAGGAAGAGAAUAUGAGCUGCUUCCUCCCCAUUUGUUUAAGUCUCCUCAUUUACUAUGUUGCUCACGUUUCUUUGUAAAGAUGAAUAUGUGUCGACACAUAUAAUCACAAGUCCUUCUUGUCUACCCACUGACACCAGCUGAGCAUGGACCCACUUUACCAUUCCACAUGUAUUUGUGGAAGGAUUCAGAAAAAUGGCCAUGUCAGUGAAAUAAAGCCUGAACGUCACAAAAUAUGAUUUCUAACUUUGUGUGUUUGCAGCUUCAAAAGCUCAGCUAUGUAUUACAGGAGGGAAAGUCAGAUUGUCUGUGCCUGAACUACUGUAAUUCAGCUCUUGCCCAUCGUGAACUGAACCACAGGUCUAAAAGAUGAUCAUCGUGUUUUCCAGGUCCAGAUGCAUGUCAGGUUGGACAUUUGGGAUGUACGGGUAGAGUUUUCUGUCUCUCCAUAAUUCUAGGCUUUUUUUUACUUCACUCUGGUUGCUUAGUGGCAGGCUUCAUGUUAUCCACUCCUCCUUUUUGUACAUAUCUGUGCAGACAGUGGCUUUUUUAUUUGUAAAAACAUAAACUUGCUUGCAUAUAUAAAUAAAACAAAAUAAUACACUUGUGUACUUGUUAAUAAGGGAA